CAUUGCCAAGGAUGAAGACGUGAAAAGAUUUGUGGACCACAUUCACAACACAACCAAACAUGUCAGUGGAAGAGGUGUUUGUGGAGGUGAGUGGUCAGCAGCCAGAGAGACCUCACAAAGAUCUGCCAGCAAGGUAGACGAGGAGGGAUUGGAGCUUGCGGUGUGUCGGCACGGUGUCCUGCUCUCUGCCUUAAAUAUGUAUCGGGGGGAAAUUUUUGCCUAUCCCCUGUACCUGCAAGAAAAGCUGGCCAGUAGGCAAAUCACUUUUUUUUGCAUGGAUGUGACCUGCAAAUAUUGGCCCUACCUCCAAAGAGUUGCGAAAAGCUGUCCAGAGCUCCAGCACCUUCUGAACAUGAAGCCUUUCCUUUCGGUAUUUCAUGCCAAAGCCCAUGAUUUUAAAUGUGAGGUGAAAUGGAGUGGGGCAUAUCAGGAUGGGGCUGGUCUAACACUGGGGGAGGAGGUGGAACAGUGCAAUGCCUUCCUCUCUAGGAUUGCAGUGACCACAAAACAUAUGUCAAAAGCAGGACGCACAGACAUGCUCACUCUCAUGGCCAUGCGCUGGAAUCAGCAAAAGGUCAACAAUUUGGCAAUCUCACUGACCCGCCGAUAUCAAAAGACCACAAAAUCUCUGCAAAGCCAGUUACAAAACCUAGAGACCAUGAAAGCCCAAUUGACAGUGACAGCGAGCCAAUUGGAAGACUGGGUGAAUGAUGUAAAGGAUUGGGCUGACGCAGCAACAACAGCAACAACAACUACGAAUGAUGCUGAUGCCCUGGCCAGCAGAAUUGAGGUGCUGGUAGCCAGUAUCAAGAGACGUUCCCAGCGUCUCUAUAAAGAUAACGAUGGCAACAAAGGUCGAGCCCGAAUCCGCCGCAAGAUCAGGGAGGAGAAGGGAAUCCUGACAUCUGUUGUGGAGAAAUACAACAGAAUGGUUCCAAUCACAGAAACUCUUUGCCUAGACACCAUUCUGUCUGGUGAGACAGCUUGGCCAUGGCAGCUCCCACACAGUGACUCUGUCGAUCUAAGGACAAAGAGAAGAGCUUUUGACAUCAUCAUGUCAGUAAGGAGGCUUGAGGAGGAGCAGAAGAUUCUUGUUGCAGAGAUGGACCACCAUUGGAAAUCUCUCUCAGCUCGUUCUGAUACCCUCAGAGAGCUGUCCUGCUUAUUUUCAAAUUCGCAAUGUGAUCUAAGUGGAGAGGGUUUGAAAGGUCUGCACAGCAUCAUCCUCAGAAAGCGGCAUCAAAUCAGAGAAAUGAAGGUGCAAGCAAGAGACUGUUACCUCCAAGUUUUGUCCGGAGCAGAGAACAUCAGCUUUUUGGACAAUGCAUCAUCUGAUGAGUACGACAGUGACGAUGACAUUUCUGAUGAUGGACUGUAAUCUACAAGACUGUAACACCUUUCAUACUUGGACAAUAGCCUUAACUAUGAAUAUAAAGCAUGUAAUAAAAUCUGCUAUUUAUCACCAUAUAAAUAAAACCAAAGUGUAACCUCUUCUUUCA